AUGGCCAGUCAACAGAUUACCGAUAAACUGAAGGAGGAAGUGAUCUGCCCCAUCUGCAUUGAUGUUCUGCAGGACCCUGUCACCAUUGACUGUGGGCACAAUUUCUGCCUCAGAUGCAUCAGCCAGAGUGGAAAAGCAUCAGACAACGUUCUCAAAUGUCCCUUCUGCAACAAACUUGUGAGGAGGGACAUGUUCAGGCCCAACUGGCUGUUGAUGAAUCUGGUGGAAAAAAUCCAAGCUAUGGAUCCCUCUGAGACACAGCCAGAAAGGGAAGAGCUGAGAUGUCUGAGACACGGGGAGAAGUUCCACUACUUCUGUGAGCACGAUGGGAAGUUCCUCUGCAUGGUGUGUCGUGAAUCCAAGAACCACAAAUUGCACAACGUAACUUUGAUAGAAGAAGCUGCCCAGAGUUAUCAGGGGCAGCUUCAAUCAAAGGUCGAGGUCCUACAGCAAAAGGAGAAGAUGAUAGUACAACUGAAAGAACAAGGUGAACAGAAGAUCAACGUCUUCAUGGCCCAGGCAGAACUUGAAAAGCAAAAGAUCAUCACAGAAUUCAAGCAGCUUCGUCAGGUCCUAAAGGAAGAGGAGAAUUUCCUCCUGUCACGGCUAAACUGGCUGAGUCAGGAGGGGGAGAAGGGCAAGAAACUCUACAUCACUUCUGCCGAGGCACAGCUGAACUCUCUCAGGAAGUUUAUUGAUUCUCUCAAGGUCAAGCAGCACUCGCCGCCCAGCCAGCUGCUUCGGGACGUCAAAACUGUCCUGUACAGGAGUGACGGGUUUCCCUAUCUGAGCCUAACCCCUGUUCCUCUGGUCCUGGAGAAAAAACUCAGUGAAGCACAAUCAAGACAUGAGUCCCUCACAGAGAGCCUGAAGAGAUUCAAAGACAACAUCCAGGCUGAUAGGAAGAAAGAUAAAAGCAAAUUUCUCAAAGGCAUGAACGAAAACAACAGAACGAGCUGCAACAGAAUAACUAAACCAGCGUCACCAAAUCCCCGCGCCGCAACUCCAUUCCAGCCCCUAGCGGAGGGCUUCUUGGCUGGGAAAGCCACCCCUCCAGCAUUGCUCCAACGCCGAAGCAGGGCCUCAUUUGCUGGGUUUCUCCUAAACCAAGCCCGCUCUGAGAACCCGAGGAGCCCUGGCGCUGAGCGGACCGAGGAGCGCAAGGUGGCGCUGACCCCCCUGACCCUGGAUGAGGCCUCGGCCCACCCAGACCUCGUCAUUUCCCAGGAUCUGAAGACAGUGACACUGGACUUCAUUCCUCAGAACUCGGCUGAGCCCGCCGACCCUGCGCGCUUUUUCCCGUUCCGCUGCGUUCUGGCCUCGCCCGGCCUCUCCUCCGGGCGCCAGGCCUGGGAGGCGGAGCUCCGAGGGCCCGAGGGCGGGGCCUGCCUGGUGGGCGUGGCCUCGGAGCUAGUACCCCGGAGAGGCUUCUUGGUGGUGGGGCCCUUGACCGGCUUCUGGGCGCUGCGCAUCGCGGGCUCCGAGUGCCAGGCGCUCACCGAGACCGGAGCCAGGGAGGAUCUCACGGUUCGUCCAACGAAAGUAGGCGUCCGCGUGGAUCACGAGUGCGGGGAGGUCGUCUUCUACGACGCCACCACGAGCAAACACAUCUACACCUUCCACACCUCCUUCCCGGGGCAGAUCUUCCCCUUUUUCCGGCUCCUGUUUCCCGGCACCCAGAUCACCCUGAAUCCCUAGAGUUGUUCCUUUGCCUUCCUCUCUAUCUUCUCCCGAUACCCC